AACUGCGUAGAAAUCCUGCAUACAUUCCACUAUGUCAUCCGUCAAGACGUUCCCCACAAUCAAAGCCGUCCGAACUUUCGUCGUAGGCGGUGUAGGUUCCGGCGGUGACUACCACAAUGUUGCCCGUGGUCAUUGGCUUAUUGAUAAUCCGAUUGCCACGCCCAUGUCCAAGUACGAGGAAUAUCGUAGCUCUCGUAUAACCUGGGGCAUCAACGUCCUCGGCUCGUUCUGUGUCGAAAUAGAGGCCAGCGACGGCACAACCGGGUUCGCCACUGGGUUCGGCGGACCACCCGCUUGCUGGAUUGUCUCGCAGCACCUCGAACGGUUCCUUAUCGGGGCAGACCCAAGAAAUACGAACCGCCUCUGGGACCAGAUGUUCCGUUCGACGAUGUUCUAUGGGCGAAAGGGGCUCCCCAUUGCUGUUAUAUCCGUCAUCGACCUGGCUAUAUGGGAUUUGCUCGGGAAAAUUCGCGGGGAGCCUGUGUACAAGAUGAUUGGUGGUUCGAUCAAAGAUGAAAUAUCAUUUUAUAUCACUGGCCCGGAGCCGACUGCGGCGGAGGCGAUGGGAUUCUGGGGCUCGAAAGUUCCGUUGCCGUAUGGUCCUGAUGAGGGGCAUGCGGGGUUGAAGAAAAACGUCGAGUUUUUGAGGAAACAUAGGGAGAGCGUCGGGCCUGACUAUCCUAUCAUGGUCGACUGUUGGAUGGCGCUGAAUGUUCAGUACACCAUCGAGCUGGCGACGGCAUGCUUGGAUCUGAACAUCAACUGGUGGGAAGAGGUCUUACAUCCUGAUGACUUUGAUGGCUUCGCAAGGUUAAAAUCUGCGCUGCCGCGACUUAAGUUUACCACAGGAGAGCACGAGUACACCAAGUACGGGUUCCGCAAGCUUAUCGAGGGCCGUAACAUCGACAUUCUCCAACCUGACGUGAUGUGGGUUGGAGGAAUGACUGAGUUAGUGAAGAUCGCUGCUCAGGCGGCGGCGUACGAUAUCCCUGUUGUGCCCCACGCCAGCGGCCCCUACAGCUACCAUUUCGUCGUUUCGCAACCGAACUGCCCCUUCCAAGAGUACCUGGCAAACUCGCCCGAUGGGAAAUCAGUGCAACCAGUGUUCGGCGACCUGUUCUUGAAUGAGCCUGUGCCGCACGGAGGAAAACUGCAUGUGUCGGUACUGGAUAAGCCUGGAUUUGGAUUGGAAUUGAAUCCCAAUGCACGGUUGCUGCCAGCGAAUAGCGUGUUGUUCCCGUCGCCUGGUAAAGAGAUAACUGCCACCCUUGAGAAGGAGAAGGAAAAUUGAAUAGGUAGCCGCUCAAUUGUAAGAUGUAUAUGACGUAUAGAAUAUCCAAAGAAAACCCUGUCAAGGUAAUUAUGUAGCUGGAUUGGCAAUCAGACAAAUUGGUUGGAUUAUACCGUCUC